AGGGUGGUGGCGGGCGCUGGAUUGGAGAGGGCGCGCGCGGGGCUGGGGUUUAGGCCGAGCACCGCUGGAGCAUCCUGACCGGCCGCCGGCCGAGCCUUCCAAAUGCUGGCGCCGAUGCUGGGAGGACCGCCGGGGUGGACGUUAGGGAGCGCGUAAACUCGGGCCAGCGGCGGAUAGCGGGAAACUAGGAUCUCUGACCCGACCCGCGGGCUCCCCCGCUCCGGGGCGCUGAAACGUGCCUAGCGCAAGCCUGAAGCUCUCCGGGAGCAGCGUUGCUAUGAGAGAUGCGCGGAUGCGCGGAUUUUCAGGCCGCUCGAGACUAACGCUAGACAAGGACAGAAUAAGAAGCUGAGCAGACCGACUAUUGCCUUCAGGUUGCCAGGGCCUUCUACUUAGCUCUUAUUUUGUGGCCCAUGUGCUACGACCUGUGCUCCCAGUGUGCAACUGGCCCCCAACGCAAUGUGUGUUUGUCAAACCAUGGAAGUGGGGCAGUAUGGCAAGAAUGCGGGUCGGGCAGGAGACCGAGGAGUCCUCCUGGAGCCCUUCAUCCACCAAGUGGGCGGACACAGCAGCAUGAUGCGCUACGACGACCACACUGUGUGCAAGCCUCUCAUCUCCAGAGAGCAGCGCUUCUACGAGUCCCUCCCUCCUGAGAUGAAGGAGUUCACCCCAGAGUACAAAGGUGUGGUAUCUGUGUGUUUUGAGGGGGACAGUGAUGGUUACAUCAACUUGGUAGCCUACCCUUACGUGGAGAGUGAGACCAUGGAGCAGGAUGAUGCACCAGAACGGGAGCAACCUCGGCGCAAACAUUCCCGCCGGAGCCUGCAUCGGUCAGGCAGUGGCAGUGACCACAAGGAGGAGAAAGCCACCUUGUCCCUUGAGACCUCGGAGAGCUCUCAGGAGGCAAAGAGUCUGAAGGUGGAGCUUCAUAGCCACUCAGAUGUCCCUUUCCAGAUGCUAGACGGCAACAGUGGUCUGAGUUCUGAGAAGAUCAGCCAUAACCCCUGGAGCCUGCGCUGUCAUAAGCAGCAGCUGAGCCGAAUGCGCUCUGAGUCCAAGGAUCGAAAGCUCUACAAAUUCCUCCUGCUUGAGAAUGUGGUUCAUCAUUUCAAGUACCCUUGUGUGCUGGACCUGAAGAUGGGCACCCGGCAACAUGGGGAUGAUGCAUCAGCUGAGAAGGCGGCCCGGCAAAUGAGGAAGUGCGAGCAGAGCACAUCUGCCACUCUGGGGGUCAGGGUCUGUGGCAUGCAGCCGCUGAAAGCCUGCAGUCUCGACACUGGGACAAGUAAGACUCAGAGGAGUAUGGAAGACGGCACUACAGGUGUUGCUGUGGGCCCAAUAUUGGCGUCGCAGCUCUAUAAUGGGGAGACCCAGGGUGAGCAUGGCCUGUUGCGCUCCAUUUGGAGGAGCAGAAAAGCUCAGCUUGGUCAAUGCCUAGACACUGUUGUGGUGAUGUUUGUUCAGGCACCGUUAAGGUCAUUAGACUCCCAAGUGCUCAUCCUAUCUUGUUUCCUGGGAUUUCAGGUGUACCAGCUGGACACAGGCCAUUACCUGUGCAGGAACAAGUAUUAUGGCCGUGGGCUCUCCAUCGAAGGCUUCCGCAAUGCUCUCUAUCAGUACCUGCACAAUGGGCUGGACCUGCGACGUGACCUCUUUGAGCCUAUCUUAAGCAAACUUCGAGGCCUCAAAGCUGUGCUGGAGCGGCAGGCCUCCUACCGUUUCUACUCCAGUUCUCUGCUUGUCAUCUAUGAUGGCAAGGAGUGCCGAUCUGAUCUGCGUCUCAAGCACCUGGACAUGGGGGUCCCUGAGGUGGCACUGCCCGGCGGCCCUAGCACUAGCCCCAGCAGCAUCAAUCCCGAGGCAGGCCCCUCCUGUCCACCCAAAGUGGAUGUUCGCAUGAUUGACUUUGCACACAGCACCUUCAAGGGCUUUCGGGAUGACCCCACUGUGCAUGAUGGGCCGGACAGAGGCUAUGUAUUUGGCCUGGAGAAUCUCAUCAGCAUCAUGGAACAGAUGCGGGAAGAGAAUCAGUAGGCCCAGUUCUGGGCCCUCUGUACCAGUUCCUCUCUACCCGCAGGCAGGGACCAUUGCUCUGAACUUGCCAUGAGGACACACAGACUUACUUUUAAAGGGUUAUAUUUCUCUUUGGUGUAAACUAAAAGAAAUGUUUUUAGUUGUAGCCUGGAAUCCAUAUAUAUAAAAUGAAAGAAGGCAGAACAUCUGCUUUCUCAGCCAGGCUUCUUAGCUUUAUGGCUCUGACUGCUGUGUCCAGGCUGACUUAGGAAUGAAGAAGUGCCCCUGGUGGGCUUGGCAGCAGAGUCAGAAUAUCCUGGGACUUUGGUUUCUCUUGCCUUGGCCUUUGGGAUCUACGGCUGCAGGGUCCUGCAAAUUGUGGGAUGAAUCCCUGGGCUGACGCAGGUUCCGUCCGUGCCCACUCAUCCCGUGUUCCUCAGUAGAGGGCUUGGAUGCCCAACUCUCCUGGGCUUGUAAGUCUUGUAUCGUGAGCACCCAUAGCAACUGAUUGCACACAGCUGGGCCUGUCUUUCUUGGGUCUGAUUUUGGCAUGGGCCUAGGUUCAUGAAGCUGAGCUGAAGCCGGUUUAUGGCAGGGAAUAGGCCGCUUCCCCAGUCACUCAUAUGUGAACUGCUCCUCUUCUGCCCAUAAUGCCGGCCAGUUGCUCACCAAGAUCCCUUGCCUGAGGAGGCUAUCCCUCCUGCUUCACUGAAUGGGCAUGAUUCCGUGGGGCCCUCAGGGCCUGUGUUCCAGAGAGUAUUUGCAGUUCUUGUGCUGUCGGUGGGUGUCUUCCUCCUCUAGAUUGGGCAGCUGUGUUCCCUCUGAAUGGGUGUUCUUCAGGACUCAAGGGCUGUGGUCCACUCAGGGUCUCGCACUUUUCCAGGCCAAGCUCCAGGGAGGCAGCCCACUGUGAGACAUGUUAGGUCUUGGGCCCAGAGGGAGAAGUAUAAGGUUGUCUGCUUUUAGGGACACUGGACCCUGGGUGCAGGUGCCCAGAUUCUGCUAAUGAGAGCUUUGUCUGAUUAACCCUGGGUUCUGUCAUUUUGUCCAUAUGUCCACAUGCCACCCUGUUUCAUGGGGAUACUUCCCCUGGCUGUAGCCUUGCUUGUUAGUACAUGAUUUCUUUUAUGCUGUCCUCAACAAAAUACUCUUUCUCAUUUCUGAGGUGAGCUUUUGCCCUUCUGUAGCAGGUGCUGCCUUUUUAAAAAAAGACCUCAUGGCAGAGUGAAUUGUAGGUAGUGUUUCUCUGCUGAUCCAGUGCUCUUCUUGCAGGCGUGAACUGUGGCCCUUGACACUGACAGCAGGCAGUAAAGGCUCAAGUGUCAGAUUUUAGUGAUGUUUGCUGCUAGCCCCUAGUGGCAUGGAGACUUGCUGCCUCGUUACGUACGUAGGUGGCUGGCCAGCAGGUAAUUCUGCUCUCUGCCAUUGCCAGAAUUGGCCCUUAUCCAAGCAUAGGGUCACUGACAUUGUUGCUUUUGACACGUCCCUAUUUUGGCUUCAGAAGUAAACCUAUGUCUGAGAGGCCUUCGUAACUGAUGGAGUGAUUUCCCCCUAAAAUAGGUUCCUUGAUGGAGCCUUCCUCUCUCAGCCCUGUGACCCCCCGGCUGGGGCCCAUGGCUGGCAGGUUCUGUUCUUGGGGCUGGGAGGUGCAGCUUUGCCUAUUUUUGGUCAGUGACCA